CCUUAAACCCUCCAAACCCCCCAAAAAGGCAAAGGCAAAGCACAGACAGCACACCACCUCUCCGAACUGACCCUUUAUUUUUCAUUCAAAGCCGAAAGUUAUCCAAACCAAAAGCAAAAAAAAAAAAAAGGCAAAAGAAACCCAAAAACAACAACGUCCUACUCAACUCAACAGGACUUACAAGAACAAGUCCAAGAAACAAGACCUUUUUUAAAAAAAAAAAAAUUGCUCCAUUUAAUGUUUUAACGUAAACGCCAAACACAGAAGUAAAAAAAGAAAGAACAAAAAAAGAAAGGGAGGAGAAGGAAAAGUUAGUAUAGGUAGGGUGAUGGCAGGUGAAGGUGUUUCAAGAGAAACCCAGAUGUCUAUAGAAGCUUCUUCAAUGUUUCCAGGGUUUAGAUUUUCACCAACUGAUGUUGAAUUGAUUUCUUACUACUUGACAAAGAAGCUGGAGGGCUAUGAGAAGUGUGUUGAGGUCAUUCCUGAGAUUGAAAUUUGUAGAUAUGAGCCUUGGGACUUACCAGACAAAUCUGUCAUAAAGUCGGAUAACGAGUGGUUCUUCUUCUGUGCUCGUGGGAGGAAGUAUCCAAACGGUUCACAAAGUAGACGCGCAACCGAACAGGGUUACUGGAAAGCCACAGGGAAAGAACGUAAUGUCAAGUCGGGUUCUAACGUGAUUGGUACGAAAAGAACUCUAGUGUUCCACACAGGUCGUGCACCAAAAGGGGAAAGAACAGAAUGGAUCAUGCAUGAAUAUUGCAUGAAUGGGAAGUCCCAGGAUUCCCUAGUUGUUUGCCGCCUCAGGAAGAAUAGUGAGUUUCGUCUGAAUAACACAUCAAGCCGGGCUCCUCGGAAUGCACCGCAGUUGUCACCUAUACGUGACAGCAACUGUGCUACCUCAAAUGGUGGUGCUGACCAGACUGGCACUUACAAAGGGGACAAAGCCUAUUUGAAGAAGGGUACUAGUAGUUACGAUUCUCAUUCUAUUGAGCAAUUCGAUUCCGCAUCCGAAUCCGAGCAAAAACUUUCCAAUGAAGUCGGAGCAACAGACUCUUCUACACCUCAGAAGGAUUCCGAUGCUGAAGAAGAUUACUUUGCUGAGAUACUGAAAGAUGAUAUAAUCAAGCUUGAUGAAACACCCUUGUCAGCUAGACCAGAUAUCUCGCCUAGGAUUGCGAGCAGUUCAGACGCGGGUCAGAGGAGACGUGAGCAGCCAAGGAAAGAGAAUGAACCCCAUGUAGCCCAUUUACAGGGCACGGCAAACCGGAGAAUCAAAUUGAGGAAGCCUAAAGCAGCAGACUAUGUGGUGGCUGCAAAAGCAUCGACAGAGUUAGAACGGGGUGUUGGGGAGAUGUCAAUUGACAAACUAACAUCUCCCAAGUCUGGGGACUCACCAAAAUGGUUGUUAUCUUUGUUUGCGCCGUCGACUGCCAAUCUCCGCUUCAUUUAUGCAACUUUUGUCAUCCUUACUUUGGUGGCUUUGUUUCUUACAGUUUUAUUAGGAGGGUUCCAAGCCUGUAAAAAGCUUCAGAUAUAUGCCACUUUGUUGAACAACUUAACCUUGGGAAAUGUUAUUAGAGAUGAUGAACAAAGACAGGAAAAGCAAAGAAUCAAUGUAACAGAAACAGGUUUUAUAGGGAGUUACAUGGCGAUUUCAAGACCCAUGUUACUUGUUUUCCUAUUGCUUAUACUCAUAAUGACCUCCCAGUUUGAGUGGAGACAUCAAAUUGUUGACUUUGACAUGACCCCUAGUGUUACUCCGAAGCAGCAACAAAUUUCCAGAAGGGAAGAAGCUGUGAAGGAAAAGAUCAUCUUAUCACAAGAGAAGAACAUUCAGAGACUUCAGGAACUUGUGCGGAGCCUUCAGCAGCAACUUUUGCAGUGCAAGGGCAAUAACAAGACAAAUGACACUAUAAGCCAUUUAACUGAACAUGUUCUCGAGCUCGAGAGGCAGCAAAUCUUGGAGGACUAGGCUAUGAUAUCUCAAAAGAUGUGUUGCGAUUGCGGUGUGUUGGUGUUUGUAAAAUGCUUGUUUACUCAUGCAAGUGCAAGUUUGAAGUUGUAAGUUAUAUGGCUUCUUUCAACCCCUCUUAUCCUAUCCACCUCUUUUAAAAUGAAGCAGUGAAGCUUUGAACAAUAUAGAUUGUCCAUCAUAAUUUUUAAAUGACUUAGCUGCUUUGACGCUAACUAAUCAUCUGGUGUUAUUACAUGUUGGGAAUUAGGGGAAUUUGCAUAAGAUGUAGUUCCAAACUUAGAACUCUGAACUUAACAGAGAAUGGAUGUGAUUCUUUAUGAUGCUAUGAGCAAUUUUCUCAUAAA